CCUCUUCCGGUUGAAAUCCGCUUCGCAGCUUCCUUUCCGCCUGUGUAUCCCUCGAGUGAACACGCUCCCGCUCCUCCGCCGCAAAAUGCGUUACGUUGCCGCUUACCUGCUUGCUGCCCUUGGUGGCAAUGAAAACCCCAAGGCCAGUGACAUCAAGAAGAUCCUGGAUAGUGUUGGCAUCGAGGCCGAUGAGACCCGCAUGGGGAAGGUCAUCGCCGAACUCGACGGCAAGGAUGUGAACGAAGUGAUCUCCAAAGGUUAUGGUAAGCUGGCCAGCAUGCCAGCAGGCGGUGCCGUUGCAGUUGCCAGCUCUGCAGCUAGUGGCUCAGGUGGAGCCGCUGCUCCUGCUGCAGUUGAGGAGAAGAAGGAGGAGAAGAAAGAGGAGUCCGAGGAGUCGGACGACGACAUGGGAUUCGGACUCUUUGAUUAAACUUGACAAGUCAAGUCAAUGUUAUUUGUACAACCCAAUACUACAAAUUUGCGUCAAGUGGCUUAGCAGCAACACAACAACCGCCAACAACGAGAUAAAUAAAAUUUGUAUAAAAGUAUA